AACAUUAAAUGAAGCGCAGCAAAGCUGGUCUCAAAUCAUUUGCAUCAGUCAACCCUUCUCUCUAAACUCUUUCUCUCUCCUCUUAACCGAAGAAACCCAGCUUCAAACUCAACUUCUAAAGCUGGGUUUCUCAAAUUUUCUGUAAAAAACCAAGUUUUAAUCCAAUGGAGAAACACCCAGAAAUUGAUUCUGGAGAAAAACGGCUCAAUGAGCUUGGUUACAAACAAGAACUCAGAAGAGAAAUGACUUUGUUCAAAACAUUGGCAAUAUCAUUCUCAACAAUGUCACUUUUUACAGGGAUAACUCCCCUGUUUGGUUCAAGUCUUCAAUAUGCUGGGCCUGCUAGUCUUGUUUGGGGUUGGGUUGUUGUUUCCUUCUUUACUGGAUUUGUUGGUAUUGCUAUGUCUGAGAUUUGCUCCUCUUUUCCGACAACAGGCUCUCUUUAUUUUUGGGCUGCACAUUUAGCAGGGCCGAAAUGGGGGCCAUUUGCAUCUUGGUGCUGUGCAUGGUUUGAGACUAUAGGUCUUAUUGCUGGCAUAGGUACUCAGGCUUAUGCAGGAACAGAAGUUCUGCAGAGCAUUAUAUUGCUGUGCACUGGAACAAACAAAGGUGGAGGAUACUUUGCCCCAAAAUGGCUGUUUUUAUGCAUUUAUAUAGGACUCACUCUCAUAUGGGCUGUGCUCAACACAUUUGCCUUGGAGGUCAUUGCUAUCCUUGACAUAAUAUCAUUGUGGUGGCAGAUGAUUGGUGGCGCGGUUAUUAUUAUUAUGCUUCCUCUGGUGGCUAUGACUACGAAGCCAGCCUCUUUUGUUUUCUCUCAUUUUGAAAUGGCAAGCUCAACAGGGGUAACAAAUCAUGCAUAUGCAGUCAUGUUAUCCCUACUUGUUAGCCAAUAUUCACUUUAUGGAUAUGAUGCAGCUGCUCAUCUUACUGAAGAGACCAAAGGAGCAGAUAAAAAUGGACCCAUUGCAAUUCUUUCUAGUUUAGGCAUCAUUUCAGUUAUUGGAUGGGCAUAUAUCCUGACCCUCACCUUCAGCAUUCAGGAUUUGAACUACCUAUAUGAUCCAAACAACGAGACUGCAGGAGCAUUUGUACCGGCCCAAAUACUUUAUGAUGCUUUUCAUGGAAGAUAUCACAAUGCUACUGGAGCAAUUAUCAUGCUUAUUAUCAUUUGGGGAUCAUUUUUCUUUGCUGGGCUUUCUAUCACUACAAGUGCAGCCAGGGUUGUAUAUGCAUUAUCUAGAGAUGGAGGAGUCCCAUUUUCAACCAUUUGGCGAAAAGUGCACCCAAAGCAUAAAGUUCCCUCUAAUGCAGUGUGGCUCUGUGCAGCUAUCUGCAUUCUUCUUGGGUUACCCAUACUCAAACUCAAUGUUGUCUUCACAGCCAUAACAUCAAUUUGCACAAUCGGGUGGGUUGGUGGCUAUGCAGUUCCAAUCUUUGCAAGGAUGGUUAUGGCGGAAAAUGACUUCAGACCUGGGCCAUUUUAUCUUGGGAGAGCGAGCAGGCCAGUUUGCUUAGUUGCAUUUUUAUGGAUUUGUUACACCUGUGCAGUCUUUCUCUUACCUACUUAUUACCCUAUCAAAUGGGACACUUUCAAUUAUGCACCUGCUGCUUUGGGUGUAGUUUUGGGUAUGAUUAUGCUUUGGUGGGUUGUAGAUGCUAGGAAAUGGUUCAAGGGGCCAGUUAGGAAUAUUGAUGGCCAAAACGGCAAAUUUUGAAAAUCUUCUCUCUUCUUGUAAGCAAUAUAGUUUUACACGUAUUCUACUACCUUUGUUCUCCGAUCAGCCAACAACAAGAUUCAUACGUGAAAAUUGUUGUAUAAUUUUGUUAAUGCCUAACAGAUCUUGUAAUAGGGGGGAAAAAGGGGGUAUAAAAUUGUUACAGAGUAUGAUACUUCUGUUGGGUAUGAGUUGAUCUGGACUUCAUUUAACAAAUGAAAAUCAUGCUAUGCAUUUGUUGUGUAAUAACUACAGUGGCAAUUAUGCGAAUUUACGGUUUUUAUUAGUAUAAACAUUUGGCCAGACUUGGCAUG